CGACAUCAUUGUUCCACGCCUUGUGUCAACAAGACAGCAAAAUGGCGCCACCAAAUGGGAAAGCAACGGCAAAGCAACGAUCAAUUGCCAGCUUCUUUACACCCAAGUUGACCGUCAAUGGGCUUAGCCAGAAGGGGACUCCGGACCAGGCGACCCAGUCAACUCCAUCAUCUACAACGCCUGUCUCAAACGGUCUGGGGGACACAGAUAGCGACGAAGACAUUGUAGCGCCAACCCGAAGAGCUGUAUCGGCUGCCACAAAAAGAAAGAGCCCCUUGGAUGAGGAUGCGGAUGCAGUGAAUGUGGGAACUGAUCGGGCAGUCAAACGAACAAAGAGCGGCGGCAAUGACACCCAGAGCAGCUUCUUUGAGGGCACUACAUCGAACCAAUCUCCAAGACAACCAGAAAAUAAGCCGACAUUAUCAGGCCGGACUGAAAAAUAUCUAUACAGUGGCACGCAAUCACAAGAAGCUUUUGAAACGGCAGAGCCAGAGGGCGAAGCAGUGCAGAAGCAGAAACAACGGCUUCAUGAUAAAUUCGUGAAGAAGCUGGGCCACCCUGAUAGCAUGGCGCAUAUUAAGAGGAGGAACUGGCAAAUCACGGAAGAGACCGCGGCCCUGGAUGAAGAAGAUGCAGAUGCUGCAGAGGACGAAGAGCCUGUCCCUCCAGCUAAAGGCGCGAGGAAAGGGGCCAAAAGCAAACUUACGCCGAUGGAAAUACAAUUCCUAGAUAUCAAGAGGAAACAUUUGGAUGCGAUACUGAUCGUGGAGGUGGGGUAUAAGUUUAAGUUCUUUGGAGAGGACGCCAGGGUCGCUGCAAAAGAGCUAGGCAUUGUGUGCAUCCCUGGGAAAUACAGGUUCGAUGAGCACCCCUCAGAGGGACAUCUGGAUCGUUUUGCCUCGGCGAGUAUCCCGGUCCAUAGGCUCCCAGUUCACGCGAAGAGACUUGUUGCUGCGGGGCAUAAGGUUGGAGUUGUGAGACAAAUCGAAACGGCAGCAUUAAAGAAGGCCGGCGAUAACCGCAACACCCCUUUCGUAAGGAAACUUACGAAUCUCUAUACGAAAGGCACAUAUAUAGAUGAUACUGAGGGCUUGGGUGACGCUACAGCUGGGACGCCUGGCGGAGCUCCGGCAACUGGAUACUUGCUUUGCAUCACGGAGGCCAAGUCGAAAGGCUGGGGUACGGAUGAAAAGGUCGAUGUUGGAAUAUUGGCAGUGCAACCUGGAACCGGCGACGUUAUCUACGAUAGUUUCGAGGAUGGAUUUAUGCGCAGCGAAAUCGAAACCCGGCUGUUGCACAUUUCUCCGUGCGAGUUUCUUAUUGUCGGCGAACUUACGAAGGCCACUGAGAAGCUCGUCCAGCAUCUCUCUAGCUCAAGUACUAAUGUCUUUGGCGACAAGAUUCGUAUUGAGCGGGUGGAAAAGGAGAAGACAGUUUCUGCUGAGAGUUACGCCCAUGUGGCCCAAUUCUAUGCUCGGAAUAUCAAAGCUCAUGGCAAUUCUACUGAUGAAAGGUCAACGAAUUUGCUCGACAAAGUUUUAAAACUUCCAGAGUCCGUCACAAUCUGCUUGUCCUCGAUGAUAAAGCAUAUGUCCGAAUAUGGUCUCGAGCAUGUGUUUGACUUGACAAAGUACUUCCAAUCGUUUGGCGCGAGGUCGAAUAUGUUGUUGAACGGCAAUACACUUACCAGUCUCGAAAUCUAUCAUAACCAAACGGAUCACGCGGAGAAGGGUAGCUUGUUUUGGACCCUGGACAAAACUCAAACUAGAUUUGGAAAACGACUUCUGCGCAAGUGGGUAGGCAGGCCACUCAUUGAUAAGGAAAGGCUUGAAGAGCGCGUUGCGGCGGUCGAGGAGCUAAAGGAUGGUAACCAAGCUACCCAAGUUGACAAGCUGAAGUCGCUUCUUAUGAAGAUCAAAUCGGAUCUCGAGCGCAGUCUAAUUCGGAUUUACUAUGGGAAAUGCACGAGGCCGGAACUUUUCACAGUACUACAAACUAUGCAACGAAUUUCAAACGAAUUUGCUCAUGUCAAAUCACCCGCAGAUGCAGGAUUCAAAUCUAGUCUGUUAAACGACGCUGUGGCUGCAUUGCCUACCAUAGGCGACGCUAUUACGGAUUUCCUUGGGAAGAUCAAUGCCGAAGCUGCUCGUAAUGACGAUAAAUACGCUUUCUUCCUCGAAAGUGAAGAGACGGAGGACAUUGGCGACCAUAAACUUGGUAUUGCAUCAGUUGAGCACGAUCUCGACGAGCACCGUCCCAUUGCUGCAGCGAAAAUCAAGAAAACGAACAUACGCUACGUUACCUCGGCCGGUAUCGAGUUCCUCAUUGAAGUGGACAAUACAAACCUGAAGCACGUUCCGGCAUCGUGGGUGAAAGUCAGUGGCACGAAAAAGCUUUCCAGGUUUCACACGCCGGAGAUCAUCAAGAUGAUUCGUGAGCGAGACCAGCAUAAAGAAGCCCUUGCAGCAGCAUGCGAUGUUGCCUUCUCAAAUCUGCUUUCUGACAUUGCGGCCCAUUAUCAGGCUUUCCGUGAUUGUGUCGCGUCCCUCGCGACGCUCGAUUGUCUACUCUCACUCGCCACCGUAGCCUCCCAACCGGGUUACGUGAAGCCGGAGUAUACUGGUGACACAGAAAUCGCAGUGGUGGGCGGACGCCACCCAAUGGCCGAGCAACUUCUUCUCGACUCCUACGUUCCGAACGAUACAUCUUUGUCAGCUGACGGAACCCGUGCACUUCUCAUCACCGGCCCCAAUAUGGGCGGCAAAUCCUCGUAUGUCAGACAUGUGGCAUUGAUAUGCAUCAUGGCGCAGAUAGGGUCGUACGUCCCUGCCGAGUCGGCGCGGCUCGGGAUGCUGGAUGCGGUGUUCACCCGCAUGGGCGCCUUUGACAACAUGUUGGCAGGAGAGAGUACGUUUAUGGUGGAGCUGUCUGAGACGGCUGAUAUUCUCAAGCAGGCAACUCCGUGGUCGCUGGUGAUAUUGGAUGAGCUAGGCAGAGGCACCAGUACCCAUGAUGGUGUGGCGAUUGCCCAGGCUGUGCUAGACUAUGUUGUCCGCGACCUGAAGUGCCUAACACUGUUCAUCACGCACUACCAGACGCUUGCAGGCGUGGCGCGCGCCUUUGGGAGCGGGGAGCUGAGGAACGUGCAUAUGAAGUUUACGGAGCACGGGCGGGUUGGGGAUGAGGACAUCACGUUCCUGUUCCAAAUUGGCGAGGGCGUGGCGCAUAGGAGUUAUGGGCUUAAUGUUGCGCGGCUGGCACGGAUCCCGAAGGGGGUUUUGGAGGUUGCGAAGGAGAAGAGUAGUAGGAUGGAGGAGGAGAACAGGAGGACGCUUGUGGGGGGGCUGGCGGGAUUGUUGCGUCGGGUUGUGGGAGAGGGGAUUGGGGAUGUGGAGCUGGAUGCUUUGGUGAAGGGGAUUGAGCAGCUGUAGGAUUUAUUUAAUAUGCUGUAAGAUAGAUGAGAGGUGGGGAUGGUGCGGAUAGUUUAUUAUACCCCUUUGGAGCUACUAUCAAAC